AUGAGAGAGGUGAUAAAGAACUCUCCGUAUCUAUAAUCCUGAAAGCCAUGCAAAAAUCUGUGGCACUUCACAUACAGCUAGCGAUGUCACAUUUGAAAGAAAAAAUCUUGAAAAGAUGAAUACAGAAUAUAAAUAGCAAAAUUGCAAAUCCAUAGUUCAAAUUCUAUUGUUAAAGUGGGUGUGUAGAGCAUAUUUUUAAUGAUAGAAUAUUUUAUCUUUGGAAAUUGCAAAGAUAUUGGAUUCAACUAUUUAAAGGUCAUGAUCAUAUUAUAUUUUACUGGGUUUUUUUUGUUGUUGUUGUUGUUUUUUUUUUUUUUUUUUGUAGCAACAUGUUUUGUGUCAACUUUGUUUAACUGACAUCAUGAUUUUAUUUUUGGUAGACAACAUGCAGAGGGUGAAGGGUGUGUCUUUUCCAGAGCCAAAAUAGACACAGAGCAUGGGAAACUUCAAAUCAAGACCAACAGUGUCUUGUGCAGAUGAAUUAAAGAAGAAGAUAAGUGAAAGUUAUUCAUUAUUUCGAUCAAAAGCAAUAGAGGAUCUACGUCCUAAUGAAAAGGACUGGACAGAAAUCCAGCUGGCUUGUGGGAAGGGAGAUUACAACAGAGUUGUAGAGCUGGUCUCCGAGGAGAACAUAAAUGAGAGAACCGAUGGAGGGCUAACUUUACUACAUAUAGUGGGUGCUUAUGGGGGUAGUAGAACUUUGAUAAAGUUCUUAUCGGGGAAAGGAUUGAUACCAGAUGCUCUCAGUAAACGGCAGUUUACAGCUCUCCAGCUGGCAGCAUACAGAGGGGAUUCAGAAUGUGUGCAGUGCUUGCUGGAGAGCCCUGACAUUGAUGUGAACCUGCCUGGCAACAGUGGUUUAACAGCUCUACAUGUGGCAGCCAUGUGUGGCUUUCAGGAGAUAGCAGAAGUUCUGAUAGACAAUGGAGCCAAAGUCAAUAUGCAAGAUGCUGUUAAUUUCACACCUCUGCACAUAGCGUGCAACUUUGGAAAUGAUAAGGUUGUGGAUUUGCUGGUGUCGUACAGAGCUGAUUUGAAUGCUGCUGGGGGUGUAGGUGACCGUCCAUUACACCUGGCCUGUUCUAGAGGCCACCUACAUAUCACUAAACUCCUGGUGGAAGCUCCUCAACAGCCAGCAAAUGUGAAUGUUAAAGACGAUGAAGAACACUACCCGAUCCAUUUCUGUUGUAAAUCCGGCCAUCUCAAUGUUCUCAGUUAUCUGUUGGAAAAACAAGCCUUACCUCAUGUAUGCAACAUCUAUGGAGACACCCCAUUACAUCUAGCUUGUUACAGUAGUAAAGUGGAAAUUGUGAAGCAUUUAAUUUCUGUCACUGGUUGUGAUAGUUUGGCAAAGGAGAAUAUCUUCAGUGAGACACCUCUUCACAGUGCUUGUACAAGUGGCAGAAGCCUGGAGUUGAUCAAAUAUCUCCUGGAGCUGCCAGUCAUCAACAUUAACUACCAAGGAAAGGAUGGGCACACAGCGCUGCAUAGUGCCUGUUUCCAUGGUCACAUUCGAGUGGUACAGUUCUUGUUGGAAUGUGGGGCGGACAUGAAUCUGGUGGCGUGUUCCGAAAUGAAUGGAGGAUCAGACAAAAAAGAGGAACAAACUCCCCUAAUGUGGGCUUAUGAACAAGGCCAUGACACCAUUGUGACAUUGUUGAAGCAUCACAAACGACCCCAGGACGAGUCGGCCUGUGGGGACUAUUCCCAGCCAGGGGGAGAAGGGUCUUAUGUGUCUGUUCCCUCACCCCUAGGGAAACUUAAAAGCAUGACAAGAGAGAAGAUUGAUGUAUUACAUUUACGUUCAUCCCUACCUCGUUACUUCCAACUACAAAUUACUGACUUAGACUUUCAAGAGCCUAUAGGAAGUGGUUCAUUUGGCAAAGUAUAUAAAGGCAAAUACCUCGGGAAAACGGUGGCAAUCAAAAGGUACAGGGCCUCCUCAUUUGGUUGCAAGUCUGAUGUGGAUAUGUUUUGUCGGGAAGUUGCCAUUCUCUCAAAGUUAAACAGUUCCUACGUUAUUAGUUUUGUUGGUGCUAGUUUGGAUGAUCCAAGUAAUUUUGCCAUUGUGACUCAGUUUGUGGCUGGAGGUUCGCUGUUCAGUAUUCUACAUGAACAAAAAAGAGUCAUUGAUGUACAAUCAAAAUUGACUAUUGCAACAGAUGUAGCUAAAGGGAUGGCCUAUUUACAUAAUCUGUCACAGCCAAUCAUACACCGAGAUUUAAACAGUCACAACAUUCUAUUGGAUGAAAAUGGCCAUGCAGUUGUUGCUGACUUUGGAGAAUCCAGAUUUCUUCUCUCAGAAGAGGACAAUAUGACAAAACAGCCAGGGAACCUGAGGUGGAUGGCUCCGGAGAUUUUCACUCAGUGCACCAAGUAUAGCAUCAAGGCUGAUGUGUUUAGCUUCUCUCUCUGUAUUUGGGAGUUGCUGUCAGGGGAACUUCCAUUUGCACAUCUAAAACCAGCUGCUGCAGCUGCAGAAAUGGCUUACCAUACAACACGACCACCUAUAGCUGUGACAUUUCCCAAACCGAUUGUCAUGUUACUACAGAGAUGUUGGAAUGCUAGUGCUGAUGAUAGACCCGAAUUUAAGGAAAUUGUGCCAAUCUUGGAAGAAUGUAGACAAACUCAAGUGGCAGCCCUCUUGAAUAACACCGAAGUGCCUUCUCUGGAGAAUGACGGAGGGGCGGAGGAUGCCCAGGCCACACCCCCGAUAUCUGGGAAUGUGAUGGCACUGCGCACACACUGGGAAAUGGAGGCUACCAAACAUAGUAGCAGUGUUCCAAUCGAUGAACUGAGACGCAGACUGCAGUAUCCCCAGGUGGAUAAGAAUGGCUAUGUCUCGGACCCACUGAGUACACUGGGAAUUUCUGUCACCAUAGAGCAAACAAAAAAACUUCUGGAGUCUGCCUUCAACCAGAGUCAGUCGUAGGGAAGUUUUAAAAAAAACCCUCAAAGAAUAGGCUUGUCAUCAGUCUGUUGUAUAGAAAUUACUAUGAUUAUAAAAGAGAUAACCAUCUUAUGCUAGAAUACAGAAAAUGGCAAGAAAUUAAUAUCAUUUAUGAUGUCAUAAUUUUGAAUUUAAGUCAUAUCUAUGAUGUCAUAAUUCUGAAUCUUUUUUGGCUGUUUUGCAUUGGAAUUCUUGCCCAAAGUACACUAGUUUAGAAGGUAAAGCAGAAAUUUGGUGGUUAAAUAAAGCUUUUAUCCUAUACAUAUGAUAUAUAGUUCCCUAUUACAAAGAGCAUUCAGUAACUGUCUUAAUUUUUGAAUAAUUGUACAUGUACUACGGGUUUUUUGAAAUUGGAAAUGUCAGUAUAUUUUGAUUUUACCUGCAUUAUUGCACUGCAGCAAAGUUUCUAUCAGUGUUCAGAUUGAUGAAUGGUAGACUGAGGGAAUGCCUGCAUGUUUGACAGUACUGUAGAUUCCUUAAUAUAUGUGAGGAAUUUAUUAACGCAUUAUUUCAUGAGAGGCACCACACACAAAAUAAAGUUACUCCCUUUUAUUUUAAUAUUGCUGAAAUGCUUCUUAAAAGUCUUGAUCAGUAGACCACUUGCAAAUUCAUGAUCACGGGAUUUGACGUCCAUAAGGCAUUUUACGUUAUUAAGUACUCACAUGAAAUGGUGAAUCUACAAUAAUGACUUUGUCUGGCAUCUGUCUGGGUAGAUUUUGAUACACUGCUACACUAGUGGGGAGAGCUCUUUGUUAAACUUUUAUGAUGAUAUUUAUCUCUGUGAGAUGCAACACCAAAUGGUGAAAAUCACACUUGCCAGGGUCACUCAAGGUUCAGGUUUCAUGAACACCCUACUUCACCAGAUGCAUGAACUUUUCCUGGUGAACUUGAGUUUUCCUACCUUUAUGAUAAGGAUUUAUUUCUCCUUCAAUUCUAGUCAUUGAUUUAUCAAGUGCUUGUCAUUAUGGUAUUGCGAAGGCACCCAUCCGUCCAUUUGCUUUUUCGUGUCUGGAUUGUAACUUGUCAAUUACACUCCAAGGCCUAGAACCAUGAAAUCUUUAUUGUUGAUACCUCUUUGGAGGAAGAUGUGUUAAUACCUAUUUAAAACUAAUAACAAUAUGGCCAGAUAUAAGUAAAACCCUGUUUGACUCAAAGCUUGGAUUCUAUAAGGUCUGAAAUAAAAAAAAAUGUCAGAUGAUGCAUCUUAUGGGGAGAACAACAUUAAACUAAGUUUCUGCAACCUCAAUUAGGCCUAAAAUCAUGAAACCUUAUUACUUCAUGCAUAUUAGAUGCAAAGUCUGUCAUGACUUUAAACUACAAUGACUCUAACGGAAAAAAUAUUUUCUGACAUUGUAGUUUUGAAAUGGGGGCAAUAGAUACUUGUUUGAUAAGAAGUUUUUUUUUAUCCCAUGCAAGAAGAUUAAGAAUUUUAAGACUUAGUGAUUCUCUAAUAGCGUACCUUAAAAUGAUUAUCAUUUUAAUUAAUAAAUGCUUCAAAUUUGCAAACCAUUUUAGGUUUUGCAUACUUUGGUAUAAAUGUAAUUAAUGAAGAGCAUCAUCAUUCAUUUUCAAGUACAUUGUCGGAAAAUAGUAAUGAUAAACUUCAAUGGAAUGCUUUGAUGAUAUUGUUUUGUGAAAUCUAGAAGACUGAUUCUGUUUGCCCCUUGGGAUCCAUUACAUAAGUCCGAGAAAUACAAAUGACUGGUUGACUGAAAGAAAUGAGAUUAAUUUUCAUGUUAUAAGGCAAGAAGAUUGUGUCUUUUCACUUGUUUUAUCAUGCUGUGUCACAAAUGUAACAAGUGUUAAUUAUAAGACUUUUUUUUAUAAUUUAUCUAUGCAAGAGACAACAUGAAUGUAAUUAUUGUACAAUUGGAGGAAUUGACAGGUCAGAUACUAGCAUAUUGUGACACUUUACACAUAUUUCUCAGUCUUUGUUAGUAUUUUGUUAAAAUUGAUUACUUUGAGUUGCAUCCUUUUUUAGUUGACAUGAAAACACUCCUGUUAUUUCCUUUUUUUUGACCAGGAAUUUAACCAAUGUAAUGCAAUUCAGUAAUAUAACGACCAAUCUGAUUAAAAUCAGAUCUUUGAUCUGCUCCGCUACACUUAGUGUAGCGACAUAACAAUAACAGAGCGGAUCAAAGAUCUGAUUUUAAUCAGAUUGUAAUAACGACAGAACUGGUGACAGGGCCAGUAACCAGCUGUGAUUUAAUCCACGAACACCUCCUGAUUUAGGGUAUCAUGUGUCGUGAUGGUGCAUUUUAUUUUUACUGAAAGGGAUUUUUUAUUUAUUGGACUGUAUGAUUUUUAUUUGUAUGAUAGAUGGAAAUCCAAAUCUUGUCACAUUUUUUUCUUACAUACAUUAUGGUUUAGAUUUAUGAAUAAUAGUCAUAUGUGUCUGCUUGUUACCACAGGAAGGCAAUACAGGAUUGUAUUGUUGUUUAAUCCUUACCAGGUAGAUAUAUUUUUUAAUUAAAUUUUAUAUUGAACUAUGACAAAAAUUAUAUUAGAUUUUGAUUAUUUCUUUACAAGCAAAAUGUAUGCAAAUGAUAUGGAACAGAUAUCCACCUUAUGUAUUAUUAAUGGUUGUGCUGAGAAUGUGCUCGUAUCAAAACAAAAUGUGCAAUAAAAGACGUUUAGCAUU